AACGUAGUUUAACCGUUUGACUCUUAAGCAGAAGGAAUCAUCUGGCUCACCACACCAGUGAAAGAUGGGGGAGUCUAGGCCUAAUGGAACGCUUUUUAUGUCUGUUCUGGAACUCUCAUUGUGAACUAUGGAACACUCUUUUUCACCUCUGACCCCUGACCUCAAUGAUACGACAGCCAAUGAGAGCCUGUGGUGGGGGCUGGGGGCGCCCCUCCCUUCAGCCCCUAGCAGACAGCUGGGCACCUUGCCUAACUCCCAGACACGCUUCAAGGACCUGACAGGGAUAUUCUUCAUGGUGACCCUGAACGUGGUGGCGCUGCUGGCUAACACAGCCGUGCUGGUGGUGGUGGUCAAAGCCCCGCACCUCAGGAAGUUUGCCUUUGUGUGCCACCUGUGUGCGGUGGACCUGCUGUGUGCCGUGCUGCUCAUGCCCCUGGGAAUUGUGUCCAGCUCGCCGUACUUCGCCAGCGUGGUGUUCACAGUGCUGGAGUGCCAGGUGUACGUCUUCCUCAACGUGUUCCUCAUCGCAGCCUCCAUCUUCACCAUCACGGCCAUCAGCGUGGAGCGUUACUACUACAUUGUCCACCCCAUGCGCUACGAGGUAAAGAUGACCCUGAAGCUGGCCGCAGCCGUCAUGGUCCUGGUCUGGGUAGCCUCAGCCCUCCUGGGCCUGGCCACUGUGUUCGGCUGGCCCAGCUAUGGCAGCCUGAGCUCCAUCAGCGCCGCCCACUGCUCUCUCCACUGGAGCCACAGCGGCCACCGCCGGGCCUUCUCUGUCCUCUUCACAGUGGCCUGUUUCUGCCUGCCCGCUGCAGUCAUCUUUGCUGUGUACUGUAACGUCUAUAAAGUGGCCCGCGUGGCGGCUAGACAGCAUGGACCGUUACCGUCCUGGACGGCCAGCCAUCUUAAACACCGCUCAGAUUCCAUCAGCAGCCAGACCACUAUCAUCACCACCCGCAACGCCCCCAGGAGGCUCCACCAAAAAAGGCCCUUUGGUGGGGGCAAGGCCGCCUUCACCCUGGUGGUCAUUGUGGGCCAGUUCCUGCUCUGCUGGUUGCCUUACUUCGCCUUCCACCUGCACCUGACUAUCAACAACCCGCCCAAGGUCCCACCUGACCUAGAGGAGGCCGUCACCUGGCUAGCGUACUCCUCCUUUACCAUCAACCCAUUCUUUUAUGGGCUGCUGAACCGCCAGAUCAGGGAGGAGCUGUGUAAGCUGCGGCGCUGCUACUCCACCCGGCUGGCCCUGUCCAGCGGCCACGAGGGCUCGGCCCACGAGAACGUCCUGCAGUUCCUCCAGAGAACCAGCUGUACGGUGGAGACCAGAGCCAGCUUCACCUGCACAUCCAGCCCCAGGAACACCCUGGACCAGACAGCGCAGCAGACAGCUGACUUCAGGAUACCUGGACAGAUACCGGAGGAGUUCAAUUAAAACGCCCCUGAUAUACUAACCUGGACCCCAGUGAUAUACUGUUACUGUAUGGACACAAGCACCUGACUGCUGAGUUAAAACUGUUAAAACACCUUUAUAUCGGGAAACUGGAACCUUAUUGACUUCGGUAAUGGCUGCACCACAGGAAUACUAGAAGCAGGAACAGCCUGGACAAGACUGGGCAGACAGCUGGGUUCAGGAUACCAGGACAGAUACCUGAGGAUUUCAGUUAAUCAACAAUAUUCUUAGAUACGUAUGCCACUGGCACCUACUGUAGUUGACUGCUGUAAUGGCAGUGCAAACUUCCCCAGGAUCGCUGACCUAGAGCAUCAAAAUUAGCCUGGGCGUAAUUUCCCAGAGCUGUCGUAGUGUUAAAAUCAUCGCUAAGAACCUUCUUGCGAUGUAUCAUUAGCAGCGAAGGUUUUUCCCAGAGCCUUCAUUAGGAAAACUUUGCACAUCUACGAGGGAUCCAGACCACUCGUAGAGGAGCCAAAGUACAUCGUUGGAUGCUUUUAGCCCUUCCACGUCACUUUAUUCAUAGAAGAUCAAGAUGUUUAGGCUGUCUGUCUGACUGUGACUGACAAUAACUUCAGAACGAAGUUGACUACAGAUACAAAGUUACCAAAGUAUUAGCACAUUUUACAAACAAGCGAAGGAUAAAAUGGUGCUUCAAAUGAAAACCGAGAUGACUGCAUUAAAAGAUCCAUAGCCUAUAACGGCCCAUAUAGCCUUUUUCAAUCAUAUUGAAAUAAUUUCAUGUUCAAUCCCACUGGGCACAGAUGGUUCAACAUCAUUUAUUUUAAAUUACGUGGAAACAACAUUGAUUCAAUCAGUGUGUGCCCAGUGGGAUCAAUUUAGUUAUAUUUUGCCUCAAUGUGUUUCAUGAUGUGUGACAACAUUUGUACAAUGAUUUGCCCAAUCUGUGAUUCAGUGCAUUAUUAUUGGGUAAGCAUAAUAAGCUGCCUCAAUAGCUUAUUUACAGCCAUGGGUGGUAAUAUCUCUCUAGUAGCUGAUCUGUUUUCAGUAUUGUGGAAUAGUUCUCAUGUUAGGAUAUGAUUUAAAUGGAGAAAGCUGAUUCCCGAGAGCAGCGCUGCUUUUCUUUGGAUCCUAUUACUAUCGACACGUGGUCUAACGACGCCCUUGGCGAACAUUCUCUUAACGUGAUUGUUUAGGAAACGCAAUUAAAAAGUUGGUUCGUAAAUAACGAUACAUCUGAUAUGAUCGUCAUAAUGCUUAAGUUACAGUACAUCGCAACUGGGAAACGAGGCCCCGGUCCCAGAUCUGUUUGUGCUGUCUUGACACUCCUAUUGUUAUGCCUGACAAUGACCGUUGUUUCCACGUUAUUUCAACCAAAAUAUUACAUGUGAUGACGUUGAAUCAACAUGGAAAACUGAUUGGUCCAAUGAAUGAGAGGGUAGCAUUUUUGGUUAAUUUCACAUUGAAUUCACAUUAGUUGACAACUUAACUAAAAUGUAAGUCAAAUCUAGAUGUUGUACUGACAUCUGUGCCCUGUGGGAGACCACAUCAAUGUCAGUCCAGUGGAGCAACCGUUCGGCCCCCUACACACUGCCCUUAAAACACACAGAGACAGGCCUCCUGAGUGGUGCAGAGGUCGAAGGCACUGCAUCGCAGUGCUAGCUGUGCAACUAGAGAACCUGGUUCGAGUCUAGGCUCUGUCGCAGCUGGCCAUGACCAGGCGAUGCAACGCAUACUGACACGGUUGCCAGGUGUACGGUGUUUCUUCAGACACAUUGGUGUGGCUGGCUUCCGCGUUAAGCAGGCGUUCUGUCAUGAAGCAGUGUGGCUUGGCUGGGUUGUGUUUCGGAGGACGCACGGCUCUGGACCUUCCGUACGGGAGUUGCAGCGACUGGACUGUAACUACUGAUUGGAUAACAUGAAAAAUGGGUGAAAGAAACACACAGAGACAGCACUUGAAGUGCUUCUUUUGUGUUUCUUUUGAUGUUUCCAUUUGAUUCAUUUGAUUGAGUUUAUUGUGUUGUUGCAUUCCGAGAUUAGUCCAGCAUAUACCUUAAGUGCAUUAAGUCCUGAAAGAUACAGUUGUCUCAAUUAGUAUUUGUUCUUUCUUGCUACAACUACCACAAAUUGUGGGACUAAUUCUACUACCAACCAUUCCAAUCACCUAUAUUACUACUAGUAUAUUCUACUACCACUACUACUACAAGUACAAUGUUUGAGUUGAGAGACAAUACAAAUGAAUACUUGAAUAAUGUUAUCUACACUGUACUAUACAUCCACUGUCUGAACAACUUUGAUGAUUUAUUAUUUAUUCCAUGUUCAAUAUGGUGAACAUUCAACACUCUCUAAGUGUAACAGGUGAGUUAUUUCUAUUACACAAUAUCAAAUGUGAUAAUUUAACUAUUUGGUUCUCAGUUGAGGUUUAAUUGCAAUAUUCUUAACUAUGUACAGUUUGUUUCUUACAAAACAAUGUGUUAUUAUACACUAAGUGUAUAAAACAUUAGAAACACCCUCCAAAUAUUGAGUUGCGCCCAUUUUUGCCCUCUGAACAGCCUCAAUUCUUCGGGGCAUGGACUCAACAAGGUGACAAAGACGCCAAUGCAUCCCACAGUUGGGUCAAGUUGGCUGGAUGUCCUUUGGGUGGUGGACCAUAGUUGAUACACACAGGAAACUGUUGAGUAUGAAAAACCCAAUAGCGUUGCAGUUCUUGACACACUCAAGCCGGUGUGCCUGGCACCUACUACAAUACCCCGUUCAAAGGCACUUCAGUCUUUUGUCCUACCUAUUCACCCUCUGAGUGGCACACAUACACACACUCCAUGUCCCAAUUGUCUCAAGGCUUAAAAAUACUUCUUUAACCUGUCUCCUCCCAUUUAUCUAUUCUGACUGAAGUGGAUUGAAUAAGUGACAUCAACAAGGGAUCUUAGCUUUCACCCACAUUCACCUGGUCAGUCUAUGUCAUGGAAGGUGUUCCUAAUAUUUUGUACACUCAGUGUAUGUUAUCAUAAGUUGCAUUGCAUUCAAUAGGCUACCUUUUACAUGUGAUGGCAGAGACCGCCCUAUCAAAGGGGAUUUCUUUCUACAUGGACUAGUUGUUUUUGCUUUAACUCUGCAAAUAAACUUCUGAAGGAGCUGUUUGCAAGAAAUUAUGAUUAUGUUGUUCUGAAAAGCAAGUACUUUACUUCAUAUAUAUGGAAAAAAAAUCCAUUGCUUAACAGCUCUCAAGUGGUCAUCUCUAACACCUGUUUCAUGUGUGUAGAGCUCGCCAGCUGAGUUAGCCAUGGCUCGUUGGUCAAAGCCUAUGGGGAAAUGAAUGAGGUUUAACACGGGCUUAGGACGUCUUAUACGUUUUAUUCUAUGAGAUAAUAUCAGCCAGUUACAUGACUUCUAUGAAUUAUGAAGCAUUUAUGUGCUUGUUUUGAUUACAUAAAUGCUUUAAA